CUCUAGUCCAGGGCUGGCAGGAAACCCUUCGUUUCUCAGUCGCUCUGCUCAUGCUGUGGUUGUAGCGAGGGCUGUGAACAGACUUUUCAAGUUUGCUUUUGCUUCGGAAGGCAGGAAAUCAGGGAAAACAGACACCGAGUGAGAACACGCACGGUCUGCAAUUCCCUGCCUGCAGGGAGGUGAGAACCCAGGGCCGGAGAAGGAGGAUGGACGGGAGAAUGUGACCGGGACGGGACUCUCUAGCCAUGGAAAUCUAAGAGCAGCUGGUCUGCACCUCACGGCAAACAGGGACCAUGGGCUGCUGCUGCAGUUCUGACUACGACGACGACUGGAUCGAGAACAUCGACAUCUGCGAGCACUGCAAUUACCCCAUCGACCCGGCCACUAAAGCCCAGACGCUGUUACGCAAUGGCUCCGAGGUGCGCGAUCCUUUGGUGUCCUACGAAAGCCCCACUCCGCCCUGCUCUCCUAUGCAAGACAAACUGGUGGUAGCUUUGUACGACUACGAACCAACUCAUGAUGGUGACCUGGGACUCCAGAAGGGGGAGACGCUCCGACUUCUGGAGGAGAGCGGCGAGUGGUGGAGGGCCCAGUCGCUCACCACCGGCCAGGAAGGCUACAUUCCCUACAACUUCGUCGCCAGGGUGAACAGCCUGGGGGCCUUUCCUCGGGUCUGGUUUCAGGAGCGGCGAGUGGUGGAGGGCCCAGUCGCUCACCACCGGCCAGGAAGGCUACAUUCCCUACAACUUCGUCGCCAGGGUGAACAGCCUGGAGCCAGAACCUCCAGGUUGGACCUGGGGGAGGGCGGGCAGGGGGCAGGACUAGAGGGCAGGCGUCUUAGAGGGAGAAAAGGAGCCACCUCAUUCCCCGGUGGCUCCUUCUCCUUGUCCGUGAGGGACUUCGACCAAACCCACGGCGAGAUGGUGAAGCACUACAAGAUCCGCAACAUGGACCAGGGGGGGUUCUACAUCUCCCCCCGCAUCACCUUCAGCAGCCUGCACGAGCUGGUGGAGCAUUACACCCACAGUACGGACGGGCUGUGCACCCGUCUGGGCAAGCCCUGCCAGACCCAGAAGCCCCAGAAGCCCUGGUGGCAGGACGAAUGGGAGGUGCCCCGGGAGACGCUCAAGCUGGUGGAGAAGUUGGGGGCGGGGCAGUUCGGAGAGGUCUGGAUGGGUUACUAUAACGGCCACACCAAAGUGGCCAUUAAGAAUCUGAAGCAGGGCAGCAUGUCCCCCAGCGCCUUCCUGGCGGAAGCCAACCUCAUGAAGAGCCUGCAGCACGCCAAGCUGGUGCGUCUGUACGCCGUGGUCACCCAGGAGCCCAUCUACAUCAUCACAGAGUUCAUGGAGAAAGGGAGCCUGGUGGAUUUCCUCAAGACCUCGGAAGGAGUCAAACUCACCAUUAACAAACUGCUGGACAUGGCAGCGCAGAUUGCAGAGGGAAUGGCCUUCAUCGAGGAGAAGAAUUACAUCCACCGUGACCUGCGAGCUGCCAACAUCCUGGUGUCUGACACCCUCUGCUGCAAGAUCGCUGACUUCGGGCUGGCUCGGCUCAUCGAGGACAACGAGUACACGGCACGGGAGGGAGCGAAGUUCCCCAUUAAGUGGACAGCGCCAGAAGCCAUUAAUUAUGGGACGUUCACCAUCAAGUCUGAUGUCUGGUCAUUUGGAAUCCUCCUGACCGAGAUUGUCACCUAUGGCCGGAUCCCUUAUCCAGGGAUGACUAAUCCGGAAGUGAUACAGAACUUGGAGCGUGGCUACCGAAUGCCUCAGCCUGACAACUGCCCGGAGGAGCUGUAUGGACUGAUGCUGCACUGCUGGAAGGAGAACCCAGAGGAGCGCCCCACCUUUGAGUACAUGAAGAGCGUUCUCGAGGACUUUUUUACGGCCACAGAGGGCCAGUACCAGCAGCAGCCAUGAGGGGACCCUGAGCAAGGGGCUGGCAGCAUCCUCACUUUGGGAUGUAAGGGAGGGUGGGGGGGAACGGUCCGGGUGCAUGAGCUCCUCAAAGACUCACACAGCUCAGCCCUGGGCUUUCGGAUCAGAGCUUAAACCUGGCAGAACCCUCAUGACAGUGAAGAUGUGUCCAUGUUCCUGCAGCACCCACACGCGCGUGGCAGAUCCGUCUUGAUUCUCAGAGCUGGGGCGCCGUGUGUCUCACGCACGCCGGCAAAAGAACUGCACGGCCCUGAGGGCUGCCAGGUUUCACCCACAGUCUGGAGCGCCCAGGCAAACUCCGCGGGCACACGUGUCUGCUCACAGCGCUGCCCGGGGGCUCACGCCAUGCACACGCACCCCACAGGGGUGUGCACCCAGGCAGGAAUCACAGAAACGGGCAGCUAUACAGAUGCAUACAAAGGCUUAGGCGUGGGGGCGCACCCCCUCCCCCCCUCCCGCUGCAGACACAUGGGGACAUGCUGUGCACGUCCAGCUAAGAGCUGCCCUGGAUACAGUCAGACCCAUAGCAACUAAAAUAACAGUUUUGCACCAGCAUGAGGCAGACGCCAAGUUCUCUCUCCUUGGGCAUUGGGGAACACUCAGGACCCGCCACCAAUUGCACUGGAACUAAAAACCCCUUCUCAGCACUGAUCUUCCGGAGGGAGAGACUCAGAGAGCUGCGGUGUGGAGCACCCCACGCCCCGCCCUCCCAUCCCUCCCCUAUGUUCCCAAUGCUGUAUUCCCCCAGGGAAGAUGGAUGGAUUAAUCAGGGUCAAGGGGUUUUGCAUGGAGCUGCCAGCCUUGGAACUGGGACCCGCUCACGCUCAGGGCUGUGAUCAAAGCGUACAAAUCGAUGGACUCCCCCACUGUGCAACAUAACCCUCUUCGCGCCAGAGCCAGACGGUCUCCGGGACACCCCCGAACACGUCCCAG